AUGGCCAGCCUAGAGAGCGCUCAUAACUAUGAGGCAGCAUAUGGCAAAAUGAUCACCACCUCCCUUGAGGGCUCUGGGGGUUCGUAUUCUGAGGAACAGGGUGAUGAAAAAUUCUUUAAUGGAGGAGGUACUGGAUCUAGUGAUGGCCAAGCAGCCGUCUUGGACGGGGCCCGUCGCUGGAAACCGGCGUACAAACUUUUCGUUUCGAUAAGUGCCAUCUCGUCGUGCUUCGUGAUUACCUGCGCUACAUCAAUAUAUAUUGCAAGUAUACCUGGUAUCAUGAAAGAGUUCGAUGUCGGUAUCACAUUAGCGAUAUCCCCAAUUACGUUCUACGCAAUUGGAUUUGUCGUCGGCCCUAUGUUUACUGCGGCCCUCUCAGAAGAAUUUGGCAGACAAUACAUCUUUAAGGCCUCAUUACUACUGCACCUGGUAUUCACCAUCGUGGGUGGAUCGGCGCAGAACUUCCGGACACUUGCCGUCGCCCGUGGCAUGUGUGGGAUAUUGGGCUCACCAUGCGUUACUGUUUUUGCGGGAGUAUUGAAUGACCUGUGGAAGAUGCCCGAGGAGAAGAUAGCGACGGCACUUUUUGGAAUGUACGGCAUGAUGGGUGUAGCCGCUAGCGCGAUGGGACCGAUUGCAGGAGAAGCAAUUGUCUCUGAUAGGGACUGGCGUUGGAGUUUUUGGCUCACGGCUAUGUUGGUCGGUGUCUGCUUUCUGGCAAUGAUCACGGUUCCAGAGACAUAUGGACCAGAAAUUCAAAGAAAGAAGCUGAAAAAGCCCCGAAGUGGUCUAUCAGAAGUUCUGGGGCCUGCUUUUGUUCGCCCCUUCCAUAUGCUCAUGGUCGAGCCUAUCAUUCCCCCGACAGCUGCAAUUGUUACAAUGGGACAAGUUGUUGUCUUCGUCUUUUAUGCAACCUAUCCGUCAAUGUUGGAGACCCAGUACAACUUUACAGCCUAUCAAGUUGGUCUAUCCUUCAUCCCCCUGUUGAUUGGAACUCUCUUCGCUCUACCUGUUCUAUCGGCAACUUUGAAGAGAAGAAACAAGCCUGGUUCAAACCCACAGCCCGAGGAUUUCCUUCCUGCUGCAAUGAUAGCAGGCGUUGUGUUACCCCUGAGUCUAUUCUGGUAG